UAGCUUUUGUGUUGAUCGCAACGUUCUUGUUAAGAGCUCCAGUAAUAAAAAGUGUGUGAGAGAAAAUUCAUGAAACAAUAAUCAGAGCAAAGAAAGAAGAAUAGUUCAAUUCCAUAAAAGACAAUUCUCUUGCUUUAUUGAAAUUAGUUCAUCACAGCGUGAACGACAUCAGCGUCAGAUAAGAGUUUCAAAAAAUAAAUCAAAACUUAUUUAAAACAGAUACAAACAUGAGAGUUAUAUUUUUAUGGCUGAUAAGCCUAAAUCUUCUUCUUCAUGGAACACAAGCCAUCUCAUUUCCACUAAGAGACGGUUGGACGUUAACCAAUGAGAACAAAAGUAUUGAAGUCAACGACAUAUCCAUUCCUAGUGGUGUUUAUAGUGACCUGGAGAACUCUGGUGAAACGGAAUCAGUUCUUUUCUCAUUCAACGAUGUUAAUCUACGUUGGAUAGCAUUAGAGAAUUGGACUUAUAAUCUUGAGUUCAACAUGACAGAAAUAGAUCUUGAACACCACUUUGUGAUAUUAACUUUUAAUGGAAUUGAUACAUUAGCCGAAAUUUAUCUUAAUGGGAAACUUAUUGGAGAAACGAACAACAUGUUCAUUAGAUAUCGAUUCGAUGUCAAACAAAUUCUAAUUGUUGGAACAAAUCAACUUACUGUCGAGUUUCAAUCGCCUGUUGAAGGAGCCAAAAUUAUUGCCGACUCUCUUGAGAAUGAAAUUCCACCGAAAUGUCCACCAGAAAUGUACCAUGGAGAAUGUCACGUAAAUUUACUUCGUAAAAUGCAAGCUUCCUUCGCAUGGGAUUGGGGAUUAGCAGCACCUUCAAUGGGUCUUUGGAAGAAUGUUGAUCUCGAGUUUUAUGAUUCAAUUUUGAUUCGUGAUGUUACUUAUCAACUAAUUGAAAUGAAUGAUCUCAAUGAAGAUGCUUGGAUGUUGAAGGUGUUUGUUCAUUUAGAAACUGGAACGACAGCAUCAGAAUUUAUUGGAAUAUUAGCUGUUGAUCUUACCGAAUUCAAAGAGUCACUUGUUCUAAAUUUCACAAACGUUAUAACCGAUGACAAUGGCGAAGCCACAGUAGAGGUUGACAUGACAGUUUUGAAGAGUUCAGUGAAACUUUGGUGGCCAAAUGGUUAUGGCAAACAAGAAAUGUACACACUUCGAGUGCGUUGGGAAGAUGAAAGAAUCAAUGAAGUUGCUUACUUCGAGAGAAAUUUCCUAACAUCUUCGAAAACAGUCAGCAUUGGCUUCAGAACAAUUGAAGUUGUACAAGAAGAAAUGGAUAACGGUGGACUUUCGUUCUACUUUAAAGUCAAUGGAAUUCCAAUUUUUAUGAAAGGAUCGAAUUGGAUUCCAUCACACAUUUUGCCGGAAAAAAGUUACGAUCAAGGUCGGAUUAAAGAGCUACUUUCAGCUGCACGUGAUGCCAACAUGAAUAUGUUGCGUGUUUGGGGUGGGGGUGUUUAUGAAUCUGACUACUUUUAUUCUCUUGCUGACAAGUAUGGAAUUCUUCUAUGGCAAGACUUCAUGUUUGCUUGUGCAAUGUAUCCAGCUGAUGAAGAUUUUCUCGAGUCUGUAAGAACGGAAGUUAAGCAAAAUGUGAGAAGAAUUCAAUAUCAUCCAUCAAUUGCUAUUCAUGCUACAAAUAAUGAGAACGAAGUUGCAUUAAGACAAGAUUGGUAUGGCACUAAUAGUCGAUUUAGUGAAUUUGCGCAGGAUUAUAGAACGCUUUAUGUCAACACAAUCACUGACGAGAUUAAGAAACACGAUCUAACGAGAGAAGUUUUAACAUCAUCGCCAUCAAAUGGAGAUUACAACGCAGAUCGCGAUAAAUAUGGAAUAAGUUUGGAUCCACAAGAUCCACAUUUUGGUGACAUUCAUUUCUACAUUUAUGAUCACAAUGGUUGGUUAGCUAAGAAUUAUCAUCAACCUAGAUUUGCAUCUGAAUAUGGCUUUCAAAGUUUUCCUUCUGGUUGGAGUGAAGUCAUAGGGAAAGAUGACAACUUGACUGAACUUAUUGAUCAUCGUCAACAUCAUCCAUUGAAAAGUAAACCAAUCAGUUUUCUAGUCGAAGAGAAUUUGCUAGUCAAAUUUGAUUCACUUUCAUGGGAUGAUAAAAUAUACUUAAGUCAAUUAUCGCAAGCGAUGGCGAUUAAAACCGAAACUGAAGUUUAUCGAGCUGGUCGUGGAAGUUUUAUGAAUACAAUGGGUGCACUUUUUUGGCAGUUGAACGAUGUUUGGGUUGCUCCAUCAUGGUCGAGUAUUGAAUUUAAUGGAAACUUUAAAAUUCUUCAUCAUUGGAUUAAAGACAUUUUUGCACCUCAAACUUUAAUCACACAACUUGGUUUAUUGAACAAACUAAACGUUUUUGCUGUAAGCGAUGAAAUUAAUACUGAUGUUAAGCCAAUGACAGUGCAAAUGAGAAUUUAUAAAUGGAAUGAAUUUGAAUCCAUUCUUGCAGAAAGUCAUCCUUUCAAUAUGACACCAAAUGCAGUGACUUUGGUUACCGAGAUUGACGUCGAGAAGUAUUUCACUGACAAAGGGUUAAACAUUAAUGAAAACUUCGUUCUUUAUAAACUCAUUGACGAUACUGAUAAACGACUUGUCGCUUCAAGUCCAGUUUUUCCUGGAAAAUUCAAGACAUUGAAGUUGAUUGGCGAUCCAAAAGUGAAACUUCAAAUCACAACAAAUCGAUGUGAAAAUGGAGAACAUAGAAUUUCUCUAGAUGUAAAAAUUGAAAAACCAGCACUUUUCAUUUCCGUUAAAUUUGUUCACGAUGUUAUCAAAAGAUACAGAAUGUCAAAGAAUGGAUUUAUGCAGUUUGAGCCAAUUCAAGUGUUACAAGUCAAUAUCAAGAAUCCAAAUUGUGAAUAUAAAUUUGGCGUUGAAAAUUUUAAAGUUACAACUUUGAAUCAGUUUCUUUAAAAGCUGAAAUCGCUUCAGAACUUUUAAAAUGGAAAAUAAAGAUAAAAAUUAGUAAACGC